AAUGCGUUCCUGAGCAUGCCUACAAGGCUUGAAAAUAAACAAAAGACCGAAAGCGGGCGAUUGAUCAUUAAGCUGCCAUAAACUUAACUUAAAAUACUUUUGAACCCAUUUGUAGGUACUACAAACCCCCAGCAUCUGAAGAAAGACGUCUCUACAGCCAUGGAAAACGCAUUGUUGAUGCGAGUGAGUGUUUUUUCCGAUCAGGGAGGCAGAAAAUACAUGGAGGAUGUUACCGAGGUAGUAAUGGAGCCCGAGCCGGGGGAAGACGAGCUGAACUCGGACGAACAAGAUGAGACCAAAGGGAAUAGCUCGACGACCGACAUUGUGCCGGAAAAGCCUGAAAACGAGCAUCAAGAUCGGACUGCACACAACGACCCUCUAUCUGCCUCUGCAUCCACUACAGUUACAUGGACACAAAAUGUACAAAAUGGGAACCAACGUUUUGCAGCUGCUGCACUGGCAGGAUCGAAAGUGGAGAGUACUCCGGCUGCGACCAAGAGCGAUAACCACCCCCAGCGCUCAGUGGCUUUCUUCGCGGUGUUUGAUGGCCACGGAGGCCGCGAAGCAGCGCAAUUCGCAAGGGACUAUUUGUGGGAAUUCAUCAAGAAACAGCGGGGCUUUUGGUCCAAGGAUGACGAAGAAGUGUGUGCAGCUAUUCGGAAAGGUUUCGUUGCAUGCCACCAUGCCAUGUGGAAAAAGCUACCCGAAUGGCCCAAGACUUUCACAGGGUUACCCAGCACCUCAGGCACCACGGCCAGUGUCGUGGUAGUCCGCGGGAACCGCAUGUACGUGGCCCACGUAGGAGACUCUGCCAUAGUGUUGGGGGUCCAGGAUGACCCCUCUGACCAGUUCAUCAGGGCCGUGGAGGUUACACAGGACCACAAGCCUGAGCUGCCCAAGGAGAGGGAACGCAUCGAAGGGCUGGGGGGCAGUGUGAUAAAGAAGUCUGGUGUGAACCGGGUGGUGUGGAAGAGACCCAGGCUGACUCAUAACGGGCCGGUCCGGAGGAGCACCGUCAUGGACCAGAUACCGUUCUUGGCCGUGGCCAGAGCUCUAGGGGACCUGUGGAGCUAUGACUUCUACAGUGGAGAGUUUGUCGUGUCUCCGGAGCCAGACACCUGUGUUCUGACCCUUGACCCCAAUAAACACCGUUACAUCAUCCUGGGCAGUGACGGGCUGUGGAACAUGGUGCCCCCCCAGGACGCCGUCUCCAUGUGCCAGGACAACGAUGAGGCCAUGGCGCCGUGCGGGGUGUCCAGCGCUCGCCAGCUGGUGAGCCACGCCCUCCUGCGGUGGCGCCAGAGGAUGCUUCGUGCGGACAACACGUCGGCCAUCGUCAUCGCCCUGCAGGAGCCGGGUGUCCCUCAGGAACCCCUCCACCACGAGGAGGUGCUCCUGAACCUGGCCGAGGGACAGCACUGUGGCCCCACAUCGGACUCCCGCUCCAACACACCACUCAUCAAGGUUCCAGACAUGGACAUGUCGUCUGCUGUGUGUGAGCUCCUCCCGACCCUGGAGAGACGAAACGGCCUAUCAGGGAGCAGCCUGUACGCCUUGGCCCUAUCAGAUCCCUUCGGCCCGCCCCUCUCUGACUCGGAUGACGACUCCCGCACCAGGUUUCCCUUGAUGACCGACAGCCCCGCCCCGGAGGAGAAACUUAGUGACGUCAAUGCCAGGACACCCGGCGCCAAACGGACGCUGGAUGAGACGUCGCCCAACCCCGUCCCGUCCUCCAAGAGGAGCCGGAGGAAGAAUGGCGAGACCACACCGGCUGGGGCGGGGGGGGCAAAAGACGGUGGAGGAAAGGACCAGAAACAGUCUCCGACUCCGCCCCCUGCCAACGUGUCCCCUGCACUACUCCAGCAGCAACACGGCAAGACCACUGUGUGCGUGUGCUGAGAGACACACACACACCUACUCUCUCUCUCUCACACACACACACACUCUGCAGACAGAUGGAUCCUCCUCACCAUACAUACAAACAGGGAUACAAGACCGACAGUAUCAUUCUGCUUCUUCUCCGACCUUUUUACAAAUGACUGAGAGACCGGGGUCGCUCCUGACUGAGAGACCCGGGGUCGCUCCUGACUGAGAGACCCGGGGUCGCUCCUGACUGAGAGACCCGGGGUCGCUCCUGACUGAGAGACCCGGGGUCGCUCCUGACUGAGAGACCCGGGGUCGCUCCUGACUGAGAGACCGGGGUCGCUCCUGACUGAGAGACCGGGGUCGCUCCUCACUGAGAGACCCGGGUCGCUUUCAUUGAGGUCAUUACAAUGAGGUCAUCAUACCAUAUGUCCAUGUCAGCCAGCCAGUCAGCCAGUCAGUCAGUCAGUCCAGUGUGGGCAUUUUGUAAACUUGUCUCUGAUAUCUUUUAUCUUACUCUGUUCCCCGGAUGGUGGAGAAUGAUUUUAAGUGGUGGUCUGUCGUUUUAAAAUCUUUCUUUCUUUCUCUCCUUUCUCUCUCUCUUUCUUUCUCUCUCUCUUUCUUUCUUUCUCUUUCCCUCUCUUUCUCUCUCUCUUUCUCUUUCUUUCUCUCUCUCUUUCCCUCUCUUUCUCUCUCUCUUUGAUGUGAAGUAAGGAUGGAUUUUGUUCAGUGCUGUUUUGUGGACAGAAAUUCAUCCCAAAAUAUGAAUUUGUCCAAUCUGUAAAUAUAAUCUUGACGUGGGUUCAUUGAUACAUGUGUUACUUACUUUACGUAAAGCAAUAUAUUUUUAUACAUUGUUUUAUUUUACUAUUGUAGAAGAGGAUAUAUUACCAUUUAAAAACCACCCUUUGACCUAGUUGUCUGUAUCAUCUCUCACAGCAUUCAAUCCCUCAUGAUUUACUAUUCUGACCCUGCAUUUACAUUUCAUUUAAAUGUGUUGUGUUUUCUAUUGUGUGUCCAGUUUUAAAAAAUUUAAAAAUAAUAAUUACUCUCAUUUUAAUGAGAUCAAUUGAACUUUCACCCCAAACUGAAGGUGCUGUUACGAUUUCAAAGAUUUUACUGAGUUACAGUUCAUAUAAGGAAAUGAGUCAAAUAAAAUAAAUAAACGAGGCCCUGAUCUAUGGAUGUCA